AUGGACAUCGAUGAGAUGUCAGCGGGUGGCCUGUCACAGGCACGACAGGAAAGGUCGCAAAAGAUGCUUCCUAUCCCUGGCCCUAAGGGCGUGGAAUACCUCAUCGUCCAAGGCGAUGAAGAGAUUAACAAGCGUAUUCAUAUGCUUGAUGUAUAUAAUAAAGCUCUAGUCGAGCAUGUAAAGGCACAGAUGCCUCCUCUGCGCCUUCGUCCAUGA